AUGGCCAACGAGAGCUCCAGUGGAAGACGCGGCGUGUCGCUGGGCCUUAAUGAGAAGGUCUUCCGCGCUAACAGGAGCAUGGUGGUGCCCAGCUCAAACCUUUAUGAGGCAAACGGAGGAGAUUCCAUGUUUGUAGAGCGCGAAAUCGUGGUGGAAUCUCACGUUCCUCUUGUGCAAGACAACUGGGAAACAACCUGGUCGACGUUCGACCAUAUAGAAGCCGCAAUUGAGCGAUCCAUCCAUUGCAGCACACAGCCAUACGUUAGUAUACUGGAUGAUGCUCUGGGAGAAGUGGCAAAACUCGAAAAACAAAGGGCAGCUAAGGAACUGGAAAAGCAAAUGGAAGCUAAAGCAUUGCAAGAACAGCAAGAUAAGAAGCUAGCGCAACAGAAGACUGAAUGUACGAAUAAAAACCAGUCAGAUGCCACUUCGAACCCUCAUGUGGGUUGUUCGAAAUCCAAAUCGCAUGUAGAAGCGGGACCAGCAAGCAGCCACGCUGCCGUGGCUAACGCAUCACUUCAAGCAACUAAGGGAGGUAUUCAUACGACUACUGCAGGCAGUAAGAGCGCAAUUAAAACGGCGGGUACGACUUCGAAAUACGAAAAGGAGAGAGACGCCGCUGACGUCACUCAAGCGGACUAUGUUCCCCGUAAUUCGUACACCAAGCAAAUCGACGACUACGAGGCAGAGCACGAGCAAAUCAAGAUUGAGUACGAUGUGUUUGUGCAGAACAGUGAUCCUGCGGUGAAAUCAAUCAGGUUGGACGUCGCAAAGGCAGUAAACAGAACUGUUAACACACUGGCAAGCACGCAAAAGCAAGUGGAUCAUUCGUACACAACCCUACUCAACAUACGGAAUCAGUAUGCGAAUGAGCCUGGAGUUGCCACGUUCGUAAUAUUCAGAGUUAUUGAAGCUGUGCUUGACUGCUGUGAACCUGGGUGUCAAAUGUACCUCAACCCAAAGGCUGCAUGGCCAUCGGCACAUCUCAUCCGGGGAGUAAUGGCGAUGAAGUCAGAAUGCAGGGCCAUAUAUUACGCGUUGAUAAAAAAGCGUUGUCCUUACGUCAUACCGAGACUCUACCUAAGCAGCAACACUAGCAGACUGGAGGCGCUCCAUCGAUAUUCGAAAGACAACAGUAGCACCUAUUUCAAAAGGCAAAUGGCUCUUUUGAGGCUACAUAUUGCAGUUUUGGUGGUAACAAAGGACAGAGAGGGCCUCUGGGCAUGGUUUGCAGGCUUCAUUAAUGCGUCUUCCAAACCAGUCUUCAAGCUUCCGUUAUCGGGUGUGCUAGUCACUGCAAUGCGUACUGCGGGCCAUUUCUGCUUGGCAUCAUACAAAGAGCAGUUCAGAAAGGUGCUUUCAUUGUGCGGUGACAUGGUCAAGAAGGGUCAAUUCAAGGUACAAAAUUGCGAGGCCGCGGGCAUGUACCAUGAACAGCUAUCGCACUUUUUUGAAGAAUACCGCAAAAAGGGAACUCUGGAGAAGCCUGAUGGAUUCGAAAUGAAGCGUCAAGAGGAAGACCUGCGACGGGACAUCUGA